CCUAUCCUUUUACAGUCUAUGGUCCUAGCUUGCUUUGUUUCUCACGUGGAUGCAGGUUUACAGGUUAGCAGGACAAAAUGUCGUUCCAAUUCGCCAUCUAUUACUUAUUUAAUAAAACACUAAAAGUGGAAAGUACAUCGGUCAUUCUUGGUAAUUCCGACCAUUUCAGUCAAGUGACAUCCCAGCCCGACCUUGAGGACGACGAUAGCUGGAUUGAAAUAAAAUGUGCCACGAGAAAAGAACCAGAUAAGACAGUGCCAGCUAAAGUCCUGCUAUUUGGAGAUUCGUACAAAGAACUCAUCUCAAAGAAAAAUGUAUUCCUUCUGGGUAAAGAUAUAUGGGCCAAGGAGGAAAGCAGGGGUGUGAGCAUGAAGAAGAAAAUGCGGGAGACUAACGUGGUGGCUAGAACGGCUGUGGUGGCAAAACAAACCAAGAUUAAAGAGGCAGCCAGGGACCUGGUAUUACAAAACCUAAAGACUUCCCUGUCUCAGAAGAGGGCCCUUGCCACACAAGAUCACCACACCAGUUCUGAGGAUGAAUCUCCACAACGUCAUUGUGCAAAGCAUGCAAAGAAGGCAGCCAGACGUGUUUUGCCACCCCCGGCAUCCAAUCAUAACACCAGUUCUGAUGAUGCCACAUACAUAGGCAGUCCACAACGUCCUAACAUUGGUAAUGAAUCGGAUCAAGAUUUAUUCUCCACGCCGAGAAUGGUAAGUUACUUUAUUACGUAA